AUGGAUACAGCGACAUUACCGCGAACGACAAUACCGCGAACGACAAUGCCGCGAACGACAAUGCCGCGAACGACAAUACCGCGAACGACAUUACCGCGAACGACAUUACCGCGAACACAAAAAACGACAUUACCUCGAAUACAGAGAACGACAUUACCGCGAAGACUUGUUUGUUGGAAAAGCCGAAUAAGUGAGGCCCGUUUUGUAUUUUCUACAUCAUGUUUUCAAACUUAA